AUUUUAAUUGCGUACUUGACAUUUUGGUGUUUCCGGUUGCAAGACGACGCGUGAAACACGAAGGAGAAAACUCUUUUCGCUGUGACUUCGACAGGCGACGGUCGUGCUUUAGUUACACGCAAAAAAUACCACAUUUUGUGAUUAGUUUUUACCUCGUGAUUGGCUGGAACGCGUAAUAUUAUUUAUAUUAAAUAAAUUUACAUAAUUGCUUAUUAAUAAAAAAUAAUUUCGUUAAACAUAAUUCUCAAAAUGACCCAAACCAAAAUUGAUUUUACUCCUACGACAAACGAAGAAGUCGAUUCGUUCACCCACGGGAUACCAUGGUUCAUUUCACAGGCUCGGUAGCAUGGAUCGACGACCUGAAAUCGUUGAAAAGCAAAAAGAGGAUCUUUCGUUAUGACAAAUGGAACCGGUCGCAGAAUCCGAAUCUUGGUUUGGGAUCCGUUAAUUUCUGAAUAUCAGAGCAAACUUCAUGAAAAAUCGGUGAUAAAGUUCGAACGCUUGAAGUGUCUCGAUGCUGAUCCAAAUUUCGCGCAAGCCACCGAAGACGUUGCUCCGAUAGAAUUAACGAUUACCGAAAGUACAAUUAAGGACUUUGACGAGAACGCGUCUCAAGGACCACGUGUCUAUGAGCCGAUCAGCAUUCCAAGAGUUUAUGACGAAUUCGGUAUUGUAUGCGUCCAAGGAUUCAUAAGAGACCUGUUCGAAGAUAUUACAUUCAACAACAACGUAUACGGUGCUGGAUCAAUCACUGACGGUGAAUAUCGAAUAAAAGUCCAAGUGCGCUCAUUCUCGGGAGUUCGUGAUUUAUUAAAAAAAUAUACACUUGGCGUACAUGUUGAAGUGAAAGGACAAGUCAAUAGAGAUAAAACAAGUGCAUUUCCGUACGUGCAAUGUAACUCGAUGUCCGAUGUAAAAAUCGUCGAUGACAAAGUGAUGAGUACGGCUGAUGUCAGAAAGGGAUUCCGAACCCCGGUUAAUCCGUCUCCCAAAAGGAUUCGCAUUGAACCACCCAAGACAAAGGAGAUGGACGGUAAAACUACCGACCAAAAUAACAUGGAUGCCCUUUAAAGCUGCGUAAUAUGACGUUUCAACGUUUUGCGAUAUCAUACUUUAUUUGCAUCGAUUAGGCAGUUUUUUGAAGGUUAAUUAUUGCGUUUUAAAGUAUCUUCUUUUAA